AUGGCAGACGUACUGCAAGCUGCGAGCGACCCGCCCACCAACCCCCGCGGCAUCCCGCGCGCCCCCUUCGUCGACCGCGUAGAAGACUAUGUAACCUCGCGCUCGGAGGUAGAAACGACGAUAAAUAGUUUCAAGGAGAUGAUUUCCAAAUACCAAUUCAUGCAAUCCAACACGACGAGACGCGCAUCCGGCCUCCGCGAGAAAAUCCCCGACAUCACAAAAACGCUGCAAACAGUGCGUUUCCUCAGCGCCGCGCGGGGGAAGGAAAGCGUUGAGCGGUUGGAAACGACGUUCGAGUUGAAUGAUACGCUGUUUGCGCGGGCGGAGGUCGAUGUUAAAGGGGUGGGGGAGGUGUUUUUGUGGUUGGGUGCAAACGUCAUGCUCGCCUACCCACUCGACGAGGCGGAGGAGUUACUGCAGAGUAAACUUUCUACGGCGCGGUAUAGUUUGGGGACGUGUGAGGAGGAUUUGGACUUUUUGAGGGAGCAGAUCACUACGCUUGAGGUUGCGUUUGCGCGCGUGUAUAACUGGGAUGUUGCGCAGCGGCGGAAGGAGAGGGAGGAUGGGGUUGAGGGGGAGAAGAAGGCGGUGGAGGGGUGAUGAUGUGCUGUGAAGAUAUGGACGCUCUCAAGACGAGGCAUGGAUGAAGAUCGAAUAAUAUAUUCGACAAGGGAUAUCCAUCAAGACACACUAUGAUACACCAGCAUACACACCCAUCCCUUCCCCAGCGCCACACAAACCCCAGAUCCACACUAAACAGCAGAAUACACAGCAGUAACCCCCCUCCCAC